GCAUUAGCUCAGAGGCAGCAGCAGCCCCAUAAUCACCGUUCUGGUUUGAGAUCCAUGCAGCUCUAGAAGUAUUUUGAAUCCUGCAGUAUUUUUUUGUAGCCUGAGGUUAUUUCUGAGGACAAGGUGCUUCCAGCGGGACCAUGUCUUUCGCCGAAUUAUUACACCAGGUGGGCGAUAUGGGACGUUUCCAAAUUAUCCACACAAUAUUGCUUACCAUUCCCAUCGUGCUGAUGGCCAGCCACAACCUCCUGCAGAACUUCACCGCCGCCAUCCCAGGGCACCACUGCCAAGUCCAUAUCAAUGCCAACAACACCGGCUACCCUAAUGCCACCCUGCGCCUGGACUCCCAGGACCUGCUCCGGGUCGCCAUCCCCAUGGAUGGGAACCGGCAGCCAGAGAAGUGCCGCCGCUUUGUCACCGCUCAGUGGCAGCUCCUAGAUCCCAAUGUCACCGAGCCCAAUGGAACUCAGCUGGACACAGAGCCCUGCACGGAGGGAUGGACCUAUGAUAGGAGCAUGUUCACCUCCACCAUCAUUACUGAGUGGGACCUGGUGUGUAACUUGCAGAAGUUCCGGCAGAUGGCUCAGUCAAUCUACAUGGCCGGGGUGCUGCUGGGAGCGCUCGUGCUAGGCGGUCUCUCUGACAGGUUUGGACGCAAGGCAAUGCUGAUCUGGUCCUUUCUGCAGCUGGCUGUGAUGGGAACCUGCACGGCCUUCGCCCCCAGUUACAUCUUCUACUGUAUCUUCCGCUUCCUGGGUGGGAUGGCACUGUCUGGCACUGGGCUCAGCAUCGCCUGCCUGAUUGUGGAGUGGAUCCCCACUGAGUUCCGCACCAUCACCAUUGCGAUCACAGGAUUCGUCUACACCCUGGGCCAGAUCCUACUGGCGGGCUUGGCAUAUGGCAUCCCAGACUGGCGCUGGCUUCAGCUGACUGUGUCUUUGCCUUUCUUCUUCUUCCUCAUCUAUUCCUGGUGGUUCGCAGAAUCUGCUCGCUGGCUGGUUCUGGCAGGUAAAGAUGACAGAGCAGUGAAGGUGCUCCAAAGGGUUGCCAGAAUGAAUGGGAAACGGGAAGAAGGGGAGAAGAUUACCACAGAGAUUCUAAAAUCCAAAAUGCAGAAGGAACUGUCAACGGUGAAGUCCUCCUACACUAUCUCGGAUCUGGUACGCACGCCCGCAAUACGCCGGAUAUUCUGCUGCCUCUCAAUUGUGUGGUUCUCUACCAGUUUCUCCUAUUAUGGGCUGGCCAUGGACCUGCAGAACUUUGGCGUCAGUAUCUACCUGAUCCAGUUGAUUUUUGGAGCUGUCGACUUCCCGGCCAAAGUGGUGGUCACCAUCUCCAUGUCCUACAUUGGGCGCAGGAUCACGCUCUCAGCCUUCCUCCUCCUGGCUGGGCUUGUCAUCAUUGCCAACAUCUUUGUGCCCAGAGAGCUGCAGACAGUCCGCACAUCACUGGCUGUGAUUGGGAAGGGAUGUCUUUCAGCUGCGUUCAACUGCGUGUUUCUAUUCACAACCGAGCUCUACCCUACACCGAUCAGGCAGACCGGACUGGGCUUUGGAAGCACCAUGGCCCGGGUAGGAGGUAUUGUGGCUCCCUUGGCCAAGAUGUUGGAUGAAUACUUCUCCUUCCUGCCGCCAUUCGUCUACGGUGCUGCCCCAAUCAUCUCUGGCAUUGUGGCCACCUUCCUCCCGGAGACUCUCAACCAACUACUGCCAGACACUGUGGAGGAGGUGGAGAGCAGGUCCCAAAUGAAGAGGAGUAAAGACACCAAAGAGAAGAUUCCCCUUCAGAACCAGAAGAAAGUUCUGCUCAAAGAGACUUCCGGGGCAGCAUCGCCGUCCCCGCGCCGCCCGGCUGUUGAGCGCCUGCAGCUCCCCUCCUGGAGCCUCGCCCGAGCACCCGGCCCCUGCCGUGCAGAGAGCGUGCGGCGCCGCCAAGCCCCGCUGCGGCGCCUGACCCGGCCGUUCCCGGGGGGGGCGCCCCUGGAGAGGGCUAGGGCCGAGGGCGCGGUUAGCUCUGCCACGCAGUGUGACCCUGCCAGAGGAAUAAUGCGCAGGGACUCGCUAGGGCCUGGUGCCGGGCCAGGAGUUGGCAGCAGCAGCCUUUCUCCUACUUUACUGCGCCUAGUGAGAACACCACCCUGUUCUCAGAAUGGAGCCUAUGUACCAAGCAUCAGGGUGCAGUGGGCAUCAUCCUCUUCUAAGCCAGGGGAACCAGUGUCUGACUCUAGCGAGGGACAGAUCUACCUCAGCAACAGGUGUGUGAAGAGGCUGCUGGAGAUUAUAGAAGGGUCUGAGUUUCUCAGGCUGCAGGUGGAGGGAGGUGGCUGCUCUGGAUUCCAGUACAAGUUUUCCUUGGACACAGUUAUCAAUCCUGAUGACAGGUUGUUUGAACAAGGUGGUGCUCGUGUUGUUGUGGAUGGGGACAGCCUGGCCUUUGUGAAAGGUGCAAUGGUGGAUUUCAGCCAGGAGCUAAUCCGCAACUCAUUCCAGGUGAAUCAGGAGCGACAGCAGGCGGCUCAGUUCCAACAGCAACAGCAGCUUGUCCUGUAUUGGGGGGCACAGCAGCAGCAGCAGAUUUGGGACCUGACCGUGCAGAACCGAGAGUUUCAGCAGCAAUGCUUGCAGCAGCUGGUGACGGCACUGCCUCGCACCAAGGAGCCCCAGCCGGGAGACAUGGUUGGGUCACCCUGCCCCCCACUGCCCAUCUGGCUGAAGAUGGGACCGCAGGAUGACCCUGAAGCCUUUUUGGGGCUAUCCGCCGAGAAUGCCUGGGACUAUGCCCGGAUAACGGCGGCGAUUCUAGAUGCCUUAGACAUCAGCCCAGAAACCUUCCGACAGAGGUUCCAGAGUCUGUCCUACACCCCGGGUGCUCGACCCCGGUUGGUGGCCCAGGAGCUGAGAGACCUGUGCAAGCGGUGGCUACAGCCCGACAGGCGGAACCCCGAGCACCUCACUGAGCAAAUCAUCCUGGAACAGUUCGUCCAUAUCCUCCCAUCACAGGACUUCUCUGGAGUCCUUCGUUCAAAUGCCGAGGAAAGCCCCGACAUCACCCCAGCAUUGGAGGCGGACUGCUGCAAGGACCCCGCCAAGAAGGCGGAAGAACUGGACCCUAUUAGACAGGAAGAAGAGCCCGAGGACCCCCCGCCCACAUCUGCUGACGACCCCAGGGUCGACACUGACUUUUGCCGGGACCAACUGGGGGACCCUACCCUUAGUCGGGCAUAUGAGCAGCUGGCGGCCAUGGAUGGUGCUCUGAUUGAUCCAGGCCGAGCCCAGGUCUGGCCCCAUUUCAAGCUACACCAUGACUGCCUCUAUCAGGUGGACCGAGAUUCCCGCACCGGAGAGGUCCAGACCCAACUGCUGGUGCCUCAGUUCAACCACCGCGCAGUGAUGAAACUUGCCCAUGACGUCCCAGCUGCAGGGCACCUGGCCCUGAUCCCCAUGCCCAUUGUGGAAACGCCAUUUGAGCGGGUGGCCAUGGAUUUGGUGGGACCCCUCCUGAGAAGCAGGGCAGGGAUUCUGUACAUUCUAGUCAUUGUGGACUAUGCUACCCGUGUUCCCGAAGCCAUCCCGCUCCGGAGCAUCACCACCAGGGCCAUCGCUGAGGAGCUCAUCAAGGUCUUUGCCUGCAUAGGCUUGCUCUGGGUGAUCCUCACUGACCAGGGCACCAACUUCACCUCCAGGCUGCUGCGGCAGGUUUGCAACCUCCUGGGUCGUAGAGGAGGAAGUCCGGGCGAUGUUGGUGCUGGGGUUAUCGAACCAUCGCAAAGCGAAUGGCGCAGCUCGGUAGUCCUGGUUCCCAAGCCGGAUGGGACACAGUGCUUCUGUAUUGAUUUCUGCCAUGUCAAUUCCAUUUUGAAAUUCGACACGUACCCGAUGCCCCCGGUUGAUGAACUGCUGGACCGCUUAGGCAAGGCCGGCUUUCUCACUACUCUUGAUCUGAGCAAGGGAUACUGGCAGAUCCCCCUCGACCCCGCCUCUCAGGAAAAGACCGUGUUUGCCAUCCCCACGGGCCUCUACCAGUUCACUCAAAUGCCCUUCGGGCUCCAUGGUGCCCCAGCAACGUUCCAGCAGCUGAUUGACCGCCUCCUUCAACUUCAUCGAGAGUACGCAGCCGCAUACCUGGAUGACGUUGUUAUUUACAGCUGCCGUUGGGAGAACCACCUGGAACAGGUAGCGGCCGUCCUGAGGUCCCUGCAAGCAGCAGGAUUAAUGGCCAAUCCAAAAAAAUGCCAUAUUGGGUGGCAGGAGACCACCUACCUGGGGUACACUAUUGGGAGGGGACAAGUGAGCCCUUUUGUGGGAAAGGUUCAGGCCCUAGCAGCAUGCUCACCACCCAUCCCGAAGCGCCAAGUACUCCAGUUCCUCGGACUGGCGGGCUACUACCGACAAUUCAUCCCCGAUUUCGACUCCAUCGCAGCCCUGCUAACGGGACUCUUGACCAAAGCCAUCCCCCGAUGUGUGGAGUGGACCCCGGAGCGUGACCGCGUCUUCCAGGCCCUCGAAAACAGUCUCUGCCACGAGCCCAUCCUAUACAGCCCCGACUUUAACCGAGAGUUCAUCCUUCAGACGGACGCCUCGGAGCCCGGCACCAUGAGUUUUGCCGAGCUCUUAGACCACGUUGGGGGGAUGGGUCGCUUCCAAAUCAUCUAUGCUAUCUUACUGGCUCUCCCAGUUUUCAUGAUGGCCAGCCAUAACCUCCUGCAGAACUUCACUGCUGCCAUCUCUGAGCACCACUGCCAUGUCCAUAUCAACAUCAACAACACUCCUUACACCAACCUCACUGGAAAGCUCGCUGCCAAGGACCUCCUCAGGGUCUCCAUCCCCAUGGACAGCAAGCUGCAGCCAGAGAAGUGUCACCGCUUUGUCACUAUGCAGUGGCAGCUCCUAGACUCCAACGCCACUGUCACAAACCUGACCGAGCUGGAGACUGAACCCUGCGCUGAUGGGUGGGUGUACGACAAGAGCACUUUCACCAGCACCAUUAUUACAGAGUGGGACCUGGUGUGUGACUCCCGGCAGCUGAAGCAGAUGGCUCAGUCCAUCUACAUGGCUGGGAUCCUGGCAGGAGGCAUCCUCUUUGGAGGUCUGUCAGACAGGUUUGGCCGCAGGUCUGUCUUGAUCUGGUGCUACUUGCAGAUGGCUGUCACGGGCACCUGCACUGCCUUCUCGCCCAACUUCACUGCCUACUGCAUCUUCCGUUUCCUGACUGGAAUGGCCUUCUCAGGCAUUGUGAUGAACGGUGUCUCUCUGUCUGUGGAAUGGACACCGACCCGCACACGGGCCAUUGUGGGCACCAUGUAUGGAUACUGCUACACAAUCGGGCAGUUCAUUCUGGCUGGGAUGGCUUAUGCCAUCCCCAACUGGCGCUGGCUGCAGCUUGUGGUGUCUUUGCCCUAUUUCAUCUACUUCAUCUACUCCUGGUGGUUUGCGGAGUCCGCCCGCUGGCUGGUGAUAGCCGGCAGACCCAACGAGGCAGUGAAGCAGCUCCAGAGAGUGGCCAGGAUAAACAGGAAGAAGGAAGAAGGAGACAAACUCAACAUAGAGGUCUUGAGAUUCAACAUGCAGAAAGAAAUAGCCUCUGCAAAGAGCAGCUAUACCUUCAUCGACCUGGUGCGGACCCCUGUCAUACGCCGGAUCUCCUUCUGCCUCUGCUUUGUAUGGUUCUCCACCAGCUUUGCCUAUUAUGGGUUGGCCAUGGACCUGCAGAAUUUCGGUGUCAAUAUCUUCUUGAUCCAGCUGGUCUUUGGAGCUGUCGAUUUCCCAGCGAAGUUCAUUUCGGUCCUCACAAUCAGCUUCAUCGGGCGCCGGUUCACACAGGCCUUGGUCCUCAUCCUGGCUGGACUCUCUAUCCUAGCCAACAUCUUUGUCCCACAAGAUCUGAAGACCCUGCGCACCGUUCUGGCUGUCUUUGGAAAAGGCUGUCUUGCUGCCUCCUUUAACUGUGUCUACCUCUACACAAGUGAGCUGUACCCCACAGUGAUUAGGCAGACCGGCAUGGGUUUGAGCAACACCAUGGCGCGCCUGGGCAGCAUCACUGCCCCAUUGGUAAAGAUGCUGGAGGAAUACGUUCCCUUCCUGCCACUGAUCAUUUAUGGAGCUGCCCCAAUCAUCUCUGGCAUUACAGCGACCUUCCUGCCCGAGACGCUCAACGUGCCAUUGCCUGAGACCAUAGAGGAGGUGGAGACACGAUCCAGGCAUCUGAGAGAUGAUGAACAACAAAUGAAGAUCCUUCUGAAACCCACCAUGCCAGACCCAGCCAAGGAAGCCAGUUAAGGAAAGAAAAAAUGAGUAACUGUGGUAGGGUCUACGGGUAAAAUUUUCAAAAGUGCCUUAGGAGCCUAUGUUCCAUUUUCACCAGUGACUUAGCCACUCCCAUGCCUCAUCUACCCGAGCACUUCUGAAAAUCCCACUGGGCACUUAUCUGAAUCUCUUGGUACCUAAGUACCUUUGAAAGUGUGGCUCCCAAUCACUUUUGAAAGUGAGGGCUUAGGCACUUUUGAAGACUCCACCCUCUCUCUUUUACUGUUUUAAUCAUAGCAGAAGUAAUAUGCAGGCAUCAGUGACAACUCCAUAGGGGUUGAAUUUUGCACUUAAUGCAGGGAAUCAACCUCUUCAAAAAGCAUGUUGACCUCCAAAUCACAGCAGGAAUUUAUACCAUGGGACCUGCUGGUGUGUAAGGUGGGGGACACGACUCAAUUACUCUAUGUAGCUCCUCCAUGUAGUUCAAAACCUGGUGUUGCACUCUGCUGGGAUCCAACAUAUGGUACCUAACAGCUCAGCAAAUAUUUUUGGGCCAGAUCCUCAGCAAGUGUUAAUCCACGUAGUUGAGGAUUGACCCAGUACUGCAGGACAGUCACGUGGUGGCAAUUCUUAAGGGAAUUCUGUAAGAAUAUGUACAGAAAUGGUGGCAGAAUAUAAGAACUGCUGGACUGAUCACAGCCAAGGUCCAUGUAGUCUCUCUGACAGUGGUCAGCAAUAGAUGCCUUAUAGGAAGGUGUGAGAAAUCUGCAGUGGGCAGAUAUGAAAUAAUCUCCCCACCAUUAAGUCUCAUCCUGAUCUUGAAUAGUCAUUAAAGUUGGGCAAAACAUGGAUUUUUCAGCUCACUCGCAAUUUGGAAAA